AUGUUUAUUUCUGGCAACCAAAAAUGAAGCUUAGUCUGCCAGUGGCGUCCGUGGUGAGGGGAGGUGUGUUGCGCUGCUCUUUGUGGUCCAUUCCCCACCCAGCACAAACAUGGUGAUCAAAGUGUACCUGUCCCUGAUAUCAUGCAGUCAGGAGGUGAAGAAGAACCAGCAGCGCACGGUGAUGAUUCUGGAGAGCAAGAACAUUCCCUUCACCACCAUCGACAUCACAGACCCCGGCCAGGAGGACUCCAAGGAAUACAUGAAUGAGAAUGCCAAGCCCAAGGGGAACAACAAAGUGCCUGUCACCCCACAGAUCUUCAACGAGGCGGAGUAUUGCGGGGACUUUGAUGAUUUGGACAUGGCAAACGAAAACGAUGAAUUGGGAGAGUUCCUGAGACUGACGGACGAGGAGAAGAAGAGAAUCAAGAUUGGCAUCACUGGCAUCCUUCCCGAGGAGCGCGCCAAACAGCAGAUGACCAAUGGGGUGACGGCCGCAGGAAGGGAGAACGAAGAGCAGAAUGAGGAGCAGAAUGCAGUGACUGGGGACCACGAUGGGGAGGCAGACGCCACGCCAGAGGCAGCACAUGAUGCCGAAGGAGAGAGUGCAGUGGUGGAUGGUCUAGAGGAGGCUGCGGAAGGAGGGGUUGGAGAGGAGGCAGGAGCAGCAGUGUGGCCGGAGGAGGAGCAGGAUCCCUUUGCUGCACCCAAGGAAGAAAACCUGACUGAAACACACAUAGAAGAUGAGGCUGAAGCAUAAGGGUGGAAUGGGCCAAGGGAGACCAGCAACCAGCCAGCAGGGACACUUUAGAGAGGCUGACGUGAGGCUGGGGGCUGUCCGUUCUGUCUCCUCCACCUCCACCCUGCCUCCCAGCGUCCCCCUCGCCAAGCCGGUCUUCGCCUCCACCUUGACUCUCAGCACCACCACGGAGUCCUUGUUUGUGUUGCCUUAGGAGUGGUGAUGGUGGUGGUGGUGGUGCAAGUCUCUCUUUGAUUUGUAAUGUUUUCUGUUUUGUUUUGCUUAUUUGGUUCUGCCAUUAUAAGUAAUACAAUAUGAUUUCUUUUAGUUUUUGAUGUAUACUCUGGUUCAUUUUCAUUAUUGUUUGGUUCUGUUUUCUCUGAGUUCUCAUAUAAGCAAAACAAUGUACUUUUUUUAUUUAGCUGGUUUUGUAUCUGUCACAAUUCAGUAUGGAAGCAAUACUGUUACAUCUUUUCCUUCUCUUAUUUUGCUCACUUCAGUUAUAAGCAAUAUUGCUUUUUUUUUAUCUUUAAUUAUUACUGUAUUAUGAUUCUGUUACUUGUGUAGCCUCAUUGAUUUAGUUAGAAGUAAUGCAUAUUUUUUGUAUCUUGUAUUCGUUCUUUUGAAGGAACGCUAUGGAACACUUGUUAAAAAGGUUCACUUUGUUUUUUCUCCAAGUGUUUAGAGGUCACAGGAAAAAGGUCACUACAAACAAGAAGUUCACUGAUCACUGCUGUGGAUAAAUAUGUUCUACAACAGCAAAGGAUGUCAAAGAGAGGACUUAGCCACCAGACCAUCAGGAAGUGCUGUGCCUUGCUGUACCACCCCUGCAUUGUAAAUCAAGUCAAGCCAUUGCAAGAUUCAGCAUGGCAAUAAUUCCUCUCGUCACCAAACUACUGCCUCCCCCCCUCCAUUAAGGACUCACAACUUGGCACAGUCCCACAUCCCACCUCACACUGUCUUCACUGGCUGACCCAAUCCCCACCACUCUGCCAUGCCACCCUAUUCUCCCACUCAUACAAUUGGCCUUAUCUUCAUCUUCAUCCCAGAACAGAAGCACAAGACAAAAUCAUCUUCCCUUGUACCUCCCUUUAUCUUCACUUUAUGUACGUCACUCCUCUCUAUCCUCCAAAGAGUUCCGAGGAGUAAGAAUGAGUUACCAGUGCUUCUACAUGUGUCAGUACUGUGAAAUGUGCUCUCUGUCAGUAUUACAAGUAUUACAACCUCUACUAUCACCACCACUACCACCAGGAAGCUGCCUCUGCCUUGCUCCACGGCCUUGAGUGUUGGCAGGUGGCUGGGCACUCACCUAGUCCAGGCAUUAGUUAGCUAGAUACCCUGUGAUGAUGCCAUUCCUAAGGGACAUGCCCAGCCUUAGCUUAGUGCAACCACCAAGGUUUCUUCACACAUGCACUCCCCCAGUGACCCCUCCCAACACUUUCCGUAGUCGAACACCAUCCUCGCUGCCUCGGAUGAAGCUUCAGAGUGUCACAAGUGCCUACAGAACACAGCUUUUAUACUGCCUUGGAUGGAUGGUGCUCUGCUGUGGAAAGUUGAUUGUCUUGGUGGGAGAGGGUCAUGAAGGGAUGGCUGUGUUUGCUGGUCUGAUAAGUUCACGUUCUGCAAGUAGUGAGUUGUUCUGUACUUCAUGACAACUUACUGAGAAGUGGCCGAGGAUGUGAUGCAGAUGUCAGUUCAUUGUUUAGUUCCUCAAGGCCACAUGACUCAAAAUGAACUCUCGCCAAGAAGCUUUCAUUGCGACGUGGGGAAAGCAACACCCACCGUUCAUGGGUAUUAUAUGCUAAUAUAUACACAGUAUUAGGGCUUUACCAAGUUACAGCUUGAGGCUACAAGAAGCAAGAAAAGGAAAAAAUUUUAAGCACAAGAGGAACUUUAUGCAUUAAAAAAUUCUGAUUAUUUUUUUCCUGUCCAUCAAUUCUCGAGUUGAGUAAUGAGCGGUGCAGGAACCAUGGUUCAUUGAGAGGGACUUUGUUAUCGUUCUUUUUUGUUGCCUUAGUCCUUGCCGCUACCCAGAGGUGCCUCUGUGUUGGUGGUGAGGGCGGCGGGCAUUGUUGUGUGCGAGUGGUACAGGUGUUGUGUGUGUGGCCGCCUUAGCUACCCAUCUGGGAGCUAAGGUGUCCACUGUCCUCUGUGACAAGUGAUUGUACCUGUUGUACUUUAUAAAUAAACAUGAAAAAUUAA